AUGGAGGAGCAUAGUGGAGCGGAGGAAGAGGAGCGUAGGGGAGCGGCGGUGAGUGGAGAGUGGGGUAGCGGCGGUGUGAGAUGGAAAGGAGAAGAGAGAAAGAGAGGUAGGGUAGAGAUAAUGAGACGUUGGGGUGCGGUGGUGAUGAUAAAAAGGGGAAAGAGAAAGAGAGGAGAUGUUGGUACCCCUCUUUCUAUGGAUAUGGCCACUGAAAACAGGACUAGACCUAGUAUGGCAAAGGUUAGAGUGGAAGUUGAUCUAAAUAAGCCAAAAAUUGACUCUGUUUGGAUUGGUAUAGAAGAUGAAGAUUGUCCGUUGAAAGGUUUUACUCAAAAAUUUGAGUAUGAGAAUGUACCGAAGUUCUGUAGACACUGCAAAUUAAUUGGUCAUACUAUUUUGCAAUGUAGACAUGCUGAAAAAAAGAAAGCUGAGGCUAAAGAUAAUCAAAAAACUGAAGAGGUAAAAGAGGCAGGGGAAAAAGAGAAUGAUAGUCACAGUGAGAUCCAACAGUCCAAGGACAGUAGCAAGGACGAAGCACAGGUGAAAAAUGAUGGAAGGAAAGAGGUGGAAAACAAAAAUCAAAAGAAAGAAAUCACUGAGAAUGAACAACAGGCAAAGGAGAGGGAGGAAGCUCUUACCAUUAAUGAAAGGAUCAAAACCAAGAAGAAGAAAAAUAAGGUGCAUUUCAAAAACAUUAGUGGGAGAUCCCAUAAAAAGGAGCAGGGGAAUAACAAAGAAGAGAAUGGAAAAGAGGAUAUUACUACUGAUAAUGAGGAGGAGGACACUGAAAGGAAGAGCAACAAAAGGAAGAAGAAUAUCAAGGAAGACACUCAUGAAGGAAAGGGAAAUGGAAAACAAAUGUCUCAAGAAAGUAAGGUGAAGGAUAAUAAAGAUGAGAUUGACAGCAGUGAUCAAAGAUCUCAAGAAAGAAAUGGGACUGAUAACAAAGAAGAAGAGGAGGAAAUCUCGACUAGCUUAAGUUCCAGAUUCAAAGAUUGUGAGGGCAUAAACCUGGUGGUAGAUCUAAACUGUGAAAAUGAUAAACAGGAAGAUGAUUUUGAAGGCAACUCUGAUGACGAAGUGGUUGAAAGCCUAAUUCAAUUUUUUGCACCAAAUACUAUCCAUAACAAGGAAGAAAAGGAAAUUACCCUCAAAUUUAAUCAUAAUAUUAGAGAUCAGUUUGUGUACAUCACUGCUGUCUAUGCCAAGUGCACUUCUACUGAAAGGAAAGAUUUAUGGGAUAGCCUAGCCACUGUUAGUGCUAAUAUUGAUGCACCUUGGUGCAUUGGUGGUGAUUUUAAUGUUAUAAUGGACUCUAAUGAAAAGAUGGGUGGUUUACCUCACAGAGCCUAUAAAAGUAUUGACUUUAUUAGCUGUAUGGAUCAAUGUGGGGUAACUGAUAUUGGUUUUGUGGGUUCUAAGUAUACUUGGUGCAACAACUGGGAGCCUAGAUACAAAAUUCGAAAAAGAUUAGAUAGAAUUUUAGUGAAUGAUCAAUGGGAACAGAAAUUUCAGAAAAAUAUGGUUAAGCACUUGGCCAGAACUGGUUCUGACCAUAGACCCUUGUUACUAAAGUGUCAGGAUACUUCUAAUAAUUUUAUUAGCUAUUUUAGAUUCCUAAAUUUUUGGACAGAACAGGAAGAUUUCUUGGAGGUGGUCCAGAAUGUGUGGGAUGAGAAUAUUCCUGGUAAUGCUAUGUGGAGGCUGCAUCAAAAAUUAAAGUUGCUUAGUAAAAGACUCAUAGACUGGUCUAGGAUCACUAUUGGCAAUGUUCAUGACCAGACUAAGGAAUGGGAAGAAAAAUUACAAGCCUUAGAAGACCUGGAAUUGAUUGAUAAUAGUGACCAAGUAAGAAAAGACUUAAACAGGACUCAUGCUGAAUACAUUAGAUGGCAAUUCAUGCAAGAUUCAUUACUCAAACAAAAGUCCCAAAUGAAGUGGUUUGAAGAAGGUGAUGGUAAUACUAGAUACUUCCAUAGUGUAGUCAGAGAGAAAAGACGAAGACUGCAUAUCCAUAGAAUCAAGAACAGUAAAGGUAAAUGGAUGCACAGUGAAGGCAAGAUUGGAAACUCUGCCGUGAGACAUUUUGAGAGGCUGUUUUGCAAUCAGAAGAGGAAUGUGGAUAAUGAGCUGCUUAAUGUGAUACCAAGAAUCAUCACUGAAAAUGACAAUGAGAUGCUUAAUAUUUUACCAGAGGAAGAGGAAAUUCAAAAAGCUAUCUUUAGCAUGAGCCCCACUAGUUCAGCAGGACCAGAUGGAUACACAGGAAGGUUUUAUCAAAAAUGCUGGCAAAUCAUCAAAAGGGAAGUUAUUGAAUUUGUCCAAGAAUUUUUCAAGGGCAGUCCUAUCUCAAGAUAUUUUACUCAUACUUGUUUAGCUCUAAUCCCUAAAGUGAAUCCCCCUACUACUUUUUCAGAAGUAAGACCUAUCAGUCUUAGUAAUUUUUCCGAAUGUCAAUUAUUCUAA